GUCAAAGGCAGGAAGGAGAAAAUGGGAUCAAUUCGAGUCAAAUGGAAAUUCUUGCAUGAGAUGAUCAUGCCAAUCAAUGAAUACUCUAGCCUGAAGGAGCUGCUGAUAGCCAAAGACUUGGAGGCUGUGAAGGCAUUAACUCAAGUUUGCGGAAAUGAUAGGAUUCUGCUGGCCAAAUCCUUAAUAAAUAUCUUUCGCACAGAGAAACAGGAGGCUCAUCUUAUUCGCACAAUGAAUGACAGGGAAAUUGAUGAAGAAUGUACUGUAUCAAAUUUGUUCCGUGCAACUUCCUUUGCUACCACGCUGAUGGAUCAGUAUAUGAAGAUGGUUGCUACAGACUUCGUGCGUCAUGCUACUAACUCAUUUGUUAUGAAAGUUAUAGAGUCAAGGCAAUCUUGUGAGCUCAAUCCAACCCUUCUUGACAACCCAGCAGAUGCUACUGCCAAUAGGGAACACCUCUUAUCUGUGCUUGAAGAUGUUGUUCGAAAUAUUUUCAUGUCAACAGACAAGUGUCCUUUGGUGCUUCGAUAUAUCUGCGGAUGCUUGCAGAAAAAAGUCAUAUCCAAAUGGCCAGAAGAUGAAACAGUUAAGACAAGAGUAGUUAGUGCUUUCAUUUUCCUGAGGUUGUUGUGUCCAGCAUUACUUAAUCCCAAGUGUUAUAACAUUAUAUCAGAAACUCCUUCAGAAAUGGCAGCAAGAAGUUUAAAACUGGUGGCAAAGUCCCUGCAGAAUCUAGCAAAUUUAGUGGAAUUUGGUGCAAAGGAGCCUUUCAUGGAAGUACUUAAUUCUUUUAUCCUUGAAAACAAGCAAAGAAUGGUCUUGUUUCUGGAUGAAUUGUCUAAUGUCCCUGAGUACCCUGAAGUAGAAGACUACCAAGUAGCAAACAUUGGAAGGGACUUGGCUAAUGUGCAUCAGAUAUGCUCUUCCCGUGCUGAGGAGCUUCGGGCAUUAGACCAGGCACAGGCAGCACAGGGGGAUCAGAGGGACCAGAAGAAACAGCACUCAUUAAAAAGACUUGCGGCUGUGACGGAUAUGCUGACCAAGCAUAAGCAGCACUAUUUAGAAAAUCAAGCUGUCUAAAUUGGGUUAGAGAACUGUGAAGUUGCCAUAACCAGCCAUAACAACUUUGGGUUCAAGAUCAAAUCAUAACUUGUGAUGCACUAAUUAUUACAUUGUUUUAAAUAUGGUUAGACCUUGUUUUAUAUGUGCAUCUCAUUAUAAUUGAAACAAAUGAGGCAACUGUAAUUGCAGAUGGGAUUGUGUGUUCUCAACAUGCAUCGUGGAUAUUCAAUUAUUACAGACUGUACACACACACUUGACAACAGAAGUGUCACCCCCUGAUCAGCGGAAUCAA